UUCUUUUUGCCUCGAAUUCCUCGAAUCCUUCCAUGUUUCACCGAACUUCUCCACUUUGCCAACCCCCAUCGAUCAAUCACAACCGUAGACCCACUUUUGCGUUGAAGACCCACAAGUAAAGAAUGGCCCAGAUGGUUUACUUGUCUUCCAAAUGGGAACCCCACUCAUGUCGUGAACAACCCCCCAGUUGUCCAUUUCCUACCAACCCCCCCCUCCCUUCACCUUAAAAUAAAUAAACAACAAAACGAAGCAUGGAGAUUUAAAACAGAAGCCAAAGAGAAUCAGAAUCCAACAACUACCACCGCCAACUAAAACGCCAACCUUCCGUCACCCAUGGCUGCUUCAACUUCAAGCAUUUCCCGUCUUGGUUUUAGACACCGCCAGCCUCUCGGAACCAAUCCGGGUUCCCACUCUCAACCCUCCGGAUCUGUCUCUUUCCAUUCUGGGUCUCACUGUUUCUACUUCAAACCAUUGGAGGCUACUAGACAAUCACAGUUGUCUAGAGUAAGUGUACUGGUGAAGGCAGAAAGUAGGUCUGAGGAGAUGCAAGUCGAUAUUUCUUUGAGUCCAAGGGUGACUGCUGUAAAACCUUCAAAGACUGUGGCCAUAACUGACCAGGCGACUGCGCUUGCACAAGCUGGAGUCCCUGUUAUUCGCCUGGCUGCUGGAGAGCCUGAUUUUGAUACGCCAGCUGUAAUAGCAGAGGCUGGUAUAAAUGCUAUUCGUGAAGGUCACACAAGGUACACUCCAAAUGCUGGUACACAGGAGCUUCGAGUUGCAAUUUGUCAGAAGUUGAAGGAGGAGAAUGGUAUAUCUUAUAAACCUGAACAAGUUUUAGUAAGCAAUGGGGCCAAGCAGAGUAUAUAUCAAGCAAUACUUGCAGUUUGCUCUCCUGGCGAUGAGGUUAUAAUUCCAGCACCAUUUUGGGUGAGUUAUCCAGAAAUGGCAAGGCUGGCUGAUGCAACCCCGGUGAUUCUUCCAACAUCAAUCUCUGAGAAUUUUCUCUUGGACCCAAAGCAGCUUGAAUCAAAACUGAAUGAAAAGUCAAGGCUGCUGAUUCUUUGCUCUCCAUCUAACCCAACAGGAUCAGUUUAUCCUAAGAAAUUGCUUGAAGAGAUUGCAAAAAUUGUAGCAAAACAUCCUAGGCUUCUGGUCUUGUCUGAUGAGAUAUAUGAACACAUAAUAUAUGCACCUGCUACUCACACAAGCUUUGCAUCUUUGCCUGGCAUGUGGGAAAGGACUUUGACAGUGAAUGGAUUUUCUAAGGCCUUUGCAAUGACUGGUUGGAGACUUGGGUACCUUGCCGGCCCUAAGCACUUUGUUGCUGCAUGUAAUAAGAUACAGAGCCAGUUUACCUCAGGUGCCAGCAGCAUAUCGCAAAAGGCAGGAGUUGCAGCAUUAGGACUAGGCUAUGCUGGUGGGGAAGCAGUGUCCACCAUGGUGAAAGCAUUUAGGGAGCGGAGAGAUUUCUUGAUUAAAAGCUUUGGAGAAAUGGAAGGUGUUGGGUUGUCGGAACCUCUGGGAGCAUUUUAUCUUUUCAUUGAUUUCAGCUCGUACUAUGGAGCAGAGGUUGAAGGGUUUGGUAAAAUUGACGACUCUGAUGCCCUUUGCCGUUACCUGCUUGAUCAGGCCCAGGUUGCAUUAGUCCCAGGGGUUGCAUUUGGAGAUGACAGCUGUAUACGUAUAUCCUAUGCAGCUUCUCUGACCACCCUACAGGCAGCUGUAGAGAGAAUUAAGAAAGCGCUUCUCCCACUCAAGUCUGCCGUCCCUGUUUAAUGUAGAUGAAUUGCAAUUGUUGUACUCUUUUAGGGAUUAAAAAAUGGGCACUUCAUUAUUGAUUGUUACAAAUAAAAUACCAUUGUCAUUGAGGGUCAUUUGUUUGCUAUGAUCAUUGGUUUUGCACUAGCCUUGUUGAGGGAAGAUGUGGAAGAAUUCCAAUGUCUCUGUACAGUAUUUGCUUUCCACCAUAAAAUUGUUGCAUCUGUAACUGGAUGACAUUUGUCUCGGAUUUAUUCAGUGAGAUUGUUUCUCAA